GCGCAGCACAAGAAUCUAAAGCAAAUCGAAUUGAAAAACCAAGAACCAAAUCUUCUACAUACAAAUAAAAAUGGCAUAUAAAAUGUGCUUGUUGCUGCCCAUCUUUCUUUGUUUGGUGGCUGAUGGCGAUGGGCAUGACAUUCAUGUAGUUUCCCACAACCACCACCACAGGCCAAAGUUCGCUCCCGGUGCUUGGAAGCAUGCUCAUGCCACAUUCUAUGAAGGGGGCUCUGGAACCUUUGGGGGAGCUUGUGGAUACGAGGACGUGGUACAAGAAGGAUAUGGCCUAGAAACAGCAGCAUUAAGCGAGGCAUUGUUCAACAAAGGGCAGGGAUGCGGAUCAUGCUACGAGAUCAAAUGCGUGGACGACCCUAAGUGGUGCAAGCCAGGGCAGCUAACUCUCAUGGUCACCGGUACCAACAAUUGCCCGCCAAACUGGAACCAAGCAAGUGACAAUGGAGGAUGGUGCAAUCCUCCGCGCGAGCAUUUUGACAUAGCCAAGCCUGCCUUCGCCAAAAUUGCCGAGUACAAGGCUGGCAUUGUUCCUAUCAUGUACCGCAGAGUCCCAUGCAUGAAGAAAGGAGGUAUAAAGUUCACAAUAACUGGGAACCCAUAUUUCAACCAAGUGCUGGUGUGGAAUGUGGGAGGAGCUGGGGAAGUGACAAGCUUGCAAGUGAAGGGCAACAAGAACCUCAAAUGGACAGCAAUGAAGCGGCUGUGGGGUCAGAAGUGGGAGACCGACGCCAAGAUGGUCGGUGAGUCGUUGACCUUUCGAGUCAGAGGGAGCGAUGGAAGAUACUCAACGUCAUGGCAUGUUGCCCCCAACAAUUGGCAGUUUGGGCAGACCUUCGAAGGCAAGAAUUUCAAGUAGACAAAACUUGCUGGUUUCUUCUUGACCCCUCAUGGUUGAGUAUGUAAAAAUUGUACAUAUGCUUGCUGGCUAUCCAUUAUAGGAAUUUUAUAUUUUUUGGGUGAAUUUCCUCUUUCAUUUUUUGAAGAAAAAAAUUGUAACAUAUUUACCCCUCAUCAUGUAAAGAGAGUUAAUGAAGUAGUUCUUAUAGAGAUUCCUCUCAUGUAUAAUAUGGGGACUUUAACUAUACGUGUGCAUUCAACUCA